CCAUUUUCUUUAAGUCCUUCUUUAACGAUUGCUUCCCUCUCUCAAUAGUCAGUUUCUUUCCUCCUCCUACUACUCCGAAGUCCUACAGCCCAUUUACCUGACUGAUGGCAGUAUCAUCGGUAUCUGUAGUAGGAAAUGGUCUAUCUUCCCAUUCUGGUUUUAGCAAAGAAAUAUAUGGCAGGCAGCUUUGCUUAUCCUCAAACCUCCCAUCACUGAGUAGAAGAUCUAAAUUCAUCAUAGUAAAAUCAUCCCUUGACCAGAGAUCACAUGAAGGGAGGAGAGGCUUCCUGAAACUGUUGCUGGGAAAUGUAGGAUUAGGUGGAGCAGCAUUACUUAAUGAUGGAAAAGCUUAUGCCGAUGAGCAAGGGGUUUCUAAUUCAAGGAUGUCUUAUUCUAGAUUUUUGGAGUAUUUGGACAAGGAUAGAGUGAAGAGAGUAGAUCUAUAUGAAAAUGGAACUAUUGCUAUUGUUGAGGCAAUCUCCCCUGAGUUGGGUAACCGGGUGCAGAGAGUUCGCGUGCAACUUCCAGGACUUCCACAAGAGCUUCUUCAGAAAUUUAGAGAAAAAAACAUUGACUUUGCUGCUCACAAUGCUCAAGAGGACUCUGGUUCUUUGUUGUUCAACUUGAUUGGAAACUUGGCCUUCCCACUGAUCUUGAUUGGAGGUCUAUUCCUACUUUCAAGGCGAUCUUCUGGAGGGAUGGGUGGUCCUGGUGGGCCUGGUUUUCCAUUGGCCUUUGGUCAAUCAAAAGCCAAGUUCCAAAUGGAACCAAACACUGGUGUGACCUUUGAUGAUGUUGCAGGGGUGGAUGAAGCAAAACAAGAUUUUAUGGAGGUUGUGGAGUUCUUGAAGAAGCCUGAAAGGUUUACUGCCGUGGGAGCUCGUAUCCCUAAGGGGGUCCUUCUUGUUGGUCCCCCGGGUACUGGAAAAACCCUCCUGGCUAAAGCAAUUGCUGGUGAAGCGGGUGUUCCAUUUUUCUCGAUUUCAGGUUCAGAGUUCGUAGAGAUGUUUGUUGGUGUCGGUGCCUCUCGUGUCCGUGAUCUUUUCAAGAAAGCAAAGGAGAACGCUCCAUGCAUUGUAUUUGUUGAUGAAAUUGAUGCUGUUGGGCGGCAAAGAGGAACUGGCAUUGGAGGAGGCAAUGAUGAAAGAGAACAGACCCUCAACCAGCUUUUGACAGAAAUGGAUGGUUUUGAAGGAAACACUGGCAUUAUUGUAAUUGCGGCUACUAACCGUCCUGACAUUCUUGACUCUGCCCUGUUGAGACCAGGUCGUUUUGAUAGACAGGUAACCGUUGAUGUACCAGAUAUUCGGGGAAGAACAGAAAUUCUAAAAGUUCAUGCUAGCAAUAAAAAAUUUGAUUCAGAUGUGUCUCUUGAAGUGAUAGCCAUGAGAACACCUGGUUUUAGUGGAGCAGAUCUUGCUAAUCUCUUAAAUGAGGCUGCUAUCUUGGCUGGCCGACGUGGGAAGGCAGCAAUCUCAUCAAAAGAGAUUGACGAUUCAAUUGAUAGAAUAGUUGCAGGAAUGGAAGGGACAGUUAUGACUGAUGGCAAGAGCAAAAGUCUGGUUGCAUACCAUGAAGUUGGGCAUGCUGUCUGUGGAACUCUCACUCCAGGGCAUGAUGCUGUUCAGAAGGUCACCCUAGUCCCACGUGGUCAGGCUCGGGGUCUGACCUGGUUUAUUCCUGCAGAUGACCCAACCUUGAUCUCCAAGCAGCAACUCUUUGCUAGAAUUGUUGGGGGGCUUGGUGGAAGAGCUGCUGAGGAAGUGAUCUUUGGCGAGCCUGAGGUGACAACAGGUGCUGCUGGUGAUUUGUAUCAGAUUACUGGUUUGGCCAAACAGAUGGUGGUCACUUUUGGCAUGUCAGAUAUUGGCCCGUGGUCUUUGAUGGACUCAUCAGCUCAAAGUGGCGACGUCAUCAUGCGAAUGAUGGCUAGGAAUUCAAUGUCGGAGAAGCUUGCUGAAGACAUUGAUGCUGCUGUGAAGAGAAUUUCAGAUACUGCGUAUGAAGUUGCUUUAAUCCACAUUAGGAAUAACCGCGAAGCAAUUGAUAAAAUUGUUGAAGUCCUCCUUGAGAAAGAGACGUUGACUGGAGAUGAAUUCCGAGCAAUCCUCUCUGAGUUUGUCGAAAUUCCAGCUGAGAACAGGGUUCCUCCUGCUGUACCAACACCAGUAGCUGUAUAAUUGCACUAAGUAGUACAUGGUAGUUAAGCUUGAUUAUACAUCUUCAGUUCAUUGAGUGUACAAUAUUCCCAAAUUUUGCAUAAUGUACGUGUAAUUUGCUAUUAAUUGUAAGUAGAAUGUGCAGAAUUCAGAUUCACUUUGUAUUGUAUGUAACCAUCAAGAUUGUAGUUUCAUCUUCUCCUUGUGGGUAUUGGCUUAACAUCAAUGUGCUGAUGGCAAAUAGUUAAGCAACAUAUAUAUCA